AUGGAGAAUGUAACACCACUUGUAGCUGAGAUCAUUGCCCUCAACGACAAGAAAGUCGCCAUGGCUUUAGAUGAUAUUAUCAAGUUGUCAAAGAGCAAAACCAGUGUGAAUAAGGGCAAGAAACAAAGGAGACAAAAGAAUAUAACCCAAAGCUUUAAUCGUGCUGUGAGAAAUAAUACCUCCAAAAUGCAACAUUAUACGAGUUCACUUUCUGCAGUUAGACAGGGUGCCAUUGCUAAGAGAAGGUCUAAUUUCCAAGGACAUCAGUAUCCUGUCACAACAAACUUUGCUCGUAAAGCCGCUACUGCUCCUCUACACAGUGUUCAUGGUAGAGCUUUCAAUGCUGGAAGGAUGACUAGUGCCAAUCAGUCAAGGUCUAGAAUGCUGGAUAAUUCUCUGAUCUCUGCUCAUUAA